CCAACCUCAGCACUGCAUUCCCGCCAUCCCAGGAGACACUUCCAUUUCAGACACCUUGAUUUUACUUCGUGUCUGCGUGUAUUAACCAUGCACCGUCUAGCACUUAGGACAUGGUUGGCGAUAAUGAUUGUACUAUUUGCGACAAGCCUCUCCAGCAUCGCCUCGGCCGGUCUCACAGACGGCACCUGUAGAGGCAGAAUGGGUAAUCGUGAGAUCUACAAGAAAGUUGAUCGUGUUUGUGAAGACUGCGCUAAUAUCUUCCGAUUGCCAGGAUUGGAAGGUUUGUGUAGAGAUCGGUGCUUCUACAAUGAAUGGUUUCUGCUUUGUCUGAAGGCUGCCAACAGGGAGGACGAGAUCGAAAAUUUCAGAGUGUGGAUAAGUAUUUUGAACGCCUGAAUUGAGGGUGAGCCCAGGACCCAAUCCCUUCAUCUCACUUGGCUUCACUCACAUGGACCAACAUUCACAGCACUCGGCGACCAAGGAUAAUUAUCAUUACAAUUCUUAACCUUGUUUAUUUUGGUUUUCUGUUAAGUUAAUGGUACACUCCAAUGACAUUCCAGUCUGAGCCUACAAGGUCUGGUUGUCAUGCAGAGUAUGUAUAGGAAAGCUUACAUGUGAAAUAUUGUGUGAUCUGCAGUCUAUCACGACCUAGAUCCCUGUUUAUUUUGCAGUUCAUAUAUUGCACUGAUCUGAAUUUGGAAAAUAAACAAGCAAUAUCUCUCAUGUAUUUUAAUCUAUGGAUAUAUAGUACGAUUUGACUACUUCAUGUUAGGAUGAACAUAUAUAAACAUAGUCUGAAA